UCUCUCUCUCUCCCAGUUUCUGUCACUGCUCACAAACAAGGGACAUCUCUCCCACACACACACACACACACCGUCCUUCUCCAUCUCUCCCUAGUUUCCCCUUUGGUCUGAGCCCUCAUGAUGCCCGCCAAGUCGAUCAGCACCCAAGGGGAUGGGAAGACAUUUGAGCAGCUGAGGCAGGAGUGUCUACAGAAGAAGAGACUGUUUGAGGACCCAGACUUCCCUGCCUGCGACUCAUCCCUCUACUACAGCCAGAGCGUGCCCAUCAACUUUGAAUGGAAGAGGCCUGGGGAACUUUGCGAGAAUCCCGAAUUCAUAGUCGGUGGGGCUGACAGGACAGACAUAUGUCAAGGAGCACUAGGGGACUGCUGGCUCCUGGCAGCCAUUGCCUCUCUGACCCUCCAUAAGGAGACCCUGGCCAGAGUGGUGCCCAACGACCAGGGCUUUGACCGCAGCUACGCUGGCAUCUUCCACUUUCAGUUCUGGCAGCACAACAGAUGGCUGGACGUGGUGGUGGAUGACCGACUGCCUGCUGUGAGGAACCGCCUGGUGCUGGUCCACUCUGCCUCCAACAACGAGUUUUGGAGCGCACUGCUGGAGAAGGCCUAUGCCAAGUUGAACGGGAGCUAUGAGUCCCUGAAGGGAGGCUCUACCCUGGAGGCCAUGGAGGACUUCACCGGUGGCGUGGGGGAGACGUACGAGACCAAAAGUGCUCCAACCGACCUCUUCAACAUCAUGAAGAAGGCCUACGACAGAGGCUCAAUGAUGGGCUGCUCUAUCGACAUCACCAGCUCUGCUGAGUCAGAGGCCCAGACAGCUUCAGGACUGGUGAAGGGACACGCCUACUCCAUCACAGGCCUUGAGGAGGUUAACUGCAGAGGGAAAAAGGUCAAGCUGAUCCGGAUCAGGAACCCUUGGGGACAGGUGGAAUGGAACGGUGCCUGGAGUGAUGAGUCCAGGGAGUGGAAUGUGAUCGACAGUUCUGAGAAGAAACGCAUUCUUCAGAACUCCAUGGAUGAUGGUGAAUUCUGGAUGGAGUUUGAGGACUUCAAGGCCAACUACGACAAGAUAGAGAUCUGCAACCUGACGCCGGACUCUCUGACGGACGACACCAAGCGGAAGUGGGAGGUGAACAUGUUCGAGGGCAACUGGAUCCGUGGCUCCACCGCAGGCGGCUGCAGGAACUUCAUAGAUACAUUUUGGACCAACCCUCAGUUCAAGCUGACCCUGCUGCAUGCUGACGAUAAUAAUGAUAAGUGCAGCGUGGUCAUCGCUCUGAUGCAGAAGAACCGCCGUGCGCUGAGGAAAGAGGGACUGGACCUGCAAACCAUCGGUUUUGCUCUUUACGAGGCCCCUGCAGAUGAGGACCACCUGGGGAAAGACUUCUUCCGGUACAAUGGGUCCAAGGCUCGCAGUAAGACCUACAUCAACGUGAGGGAGAUCUCCGAGCGCUUCACCUUGCCACCAGGGAACUACCUGCUGGUGCCCACCACCUUCCAGCCCCACGACGAGGCCGACUUCAUCAUACGCAUCUUCUCUGAGAAGGCAGCCGGAACCAUGGAGAUGGGAAACACAGUAGAUGCUGAUUUGCCCGAUCCCCCAAUGCCCAGUCUACCAGAGGAGGAGACGGAUGAGGAGAAGGGACUGAGGAGAAUGUUUGAAAAGAUUGCUGGUUCGGACCAGGCCAUCUCUGCCAAGGAGCUUCAGCAGGUGUUGAAUGGAGUACUUAGCAGGAGGAGAGAGAUCAAGUUUAACGGUCUGAGUCUCAACACCUGCCACAGCAUCAUCAACCUGAUGGAUGUUGACAAUUCAGGGCAGCUUGAGUUUCAGGAGUUCAAGGUCUUCUGGGAAAAGAUGAAGAAAUGGAUUAUGCUCUUCAUUUCUUAUGACACGGACCGGUCAGGGAAGAUGUCCUCCUAUGAGCUCCGCAUAGCUCUGAAAGCAGCAGGCAUGCAUCUGAACACCAAGCUCCUCCAGCUGCUUGGCUUGAGGUUCGCUGAUGAGAACUACGACAUCGACUUUGAUGACUACCUCACCUGCAUCGUCCGCCUGGAAAAUAUGUUCAGGGUGUUCCAAGCAUUGGACAAAAGCAAGACAGGCCAGGUCAACAUGAACAUACUGCAGUUCCUCCUUCUUUCCAUGAACGUCUGAAGAGGAUCCAGCAGAAGAACAAAGUAAAAUAACAGGCUUGGGAUGCAAUAUGUGUUGCUUGCAAAUACACUAAUCUCGAGUCGUUUCUGCUGGGAACGCGGUUAGCGAAUACACUAGUUAUAAUCCAUGCAUAAAACAUAUGCUAUGUAGUUAUAGUUAUGUUUUAAUGUUGUAUGCCUUUGUCUCUCUUGAAUUCACUCUUUUGUUUUAAAACGAAACCAACAUACUUGUGCCACAGUUUGGAUCUUAUGCCCAUUGUAUUUGACAAUCAGGAGAAUUUGUGUUAAAUUAUGUUUACAGAGAUGCUCCAAAAAUAAAUAAUGCACUGAUCAAGUUUUAAAAGUUUCAUCAUGUUGAC